AGCUGUAGUUAUCAAAGUUGGAACCUGUAUGAAAUAUGCUUUUGUCUCCGUUUUUGUUGCGCUCAAUCAGGUCAACAAGUGUUGGCUAAGCGUUGAGCGCGGUUUCCUGUGGGAUUGUGUAAGGCCUUGCAGGACAAUAAACGUUUGGGGGGCACUGAGUGAUGUGGCCAUUUCUGACUUGGCAGCCGGGAAAAUGUGAGACAGCUUGCUGCUGCUGGAAGGAGGACAGCUGGGGCUGUGUUCCCACAAGAGCAGCGCAACCUCACAGCCGUGGCCCUGGGCAGCAGGACCAGCCAAAAUGCGGGCCCAUCAUACUCCAGGGCCGUGCCCAUUAGUGAUUGGAUGGGUUCACUUGGCAUCUGCCUCCAUCCAGACAGAGCAAUGUCUGUGUGGCUGCUUCCUGAUCAAGUGAUGAAUUGGAUGCAAAUACCUUCUUUUUAAUGCAUGACCCUGGCAUAGCCAGAAGGAAUAUGAGUGGGGUGCCUCAGAGCAGUGACUUUUUGCCUAGAGCUUGAGAGUUAAAGACGUAGAAGCACACUUCUUCGGCUCUAUCGAAAUUAAGGACGACAAUAUGGACACAAAAUCCAUUCUAGAAGAACUUCUCCUCAAAAGGUCACAGCAAAAGAAGAAAAUGUCACCCAAUAAUUACAAAGAGCGGCUUUUUGUUUUAACCAAAACACACCUCUCCUACUAUGAAUAUGACAAAAUGAAAAGAGGCAGCAGAAAAGGAUCGAUUGAGAUUAAGAAAAUCAGAUGUGUGGAGAAAGUUAAUCUUGAGGAGCAGACCCCUGUGGAGAGACAGUACCCAUUUCAGAUUGUCUAUAAAGAUGGGCUUCUCUAUGUGUAUGCAUCAAAUGAAGAGAGCCGAAGUCAGUGGUUGAAAGCACUACAAAAAGAGAUAAGGGGCAACCCCCACCUGCUGAUCAAGUACCACAGUGGGUUCUUCGUGGACGGGAAGUUCCUGUGCUGCCAGCAGAGUUGCAAAGCGGCCCCAGGAUGUACUCUCUGGGAAGCAUAUGCUGAUCUGCACACUGCACCCAAAGAAGAAAAACACAUGGUUCCCAUCUUCCCAGACAGAGUGCUGAAGAUUCCUAGAGCAGUUCCUAUUCUCAAAGUAGAUGAACCAUCUUCAAGUACCACUCUAGCCCAGUAUGACAGUGAUUCCAAGAAAAACUAUGGCUCCCAGUCAAACAUCAACAUGAAGUAUAUUCCGAAAGACGAUUUCCCUGACUGGUGGCAAGUAAGAAAACUGAAAAGCAGUGAAGAUUUGGCAUGCAGUAAUCAAAGGGAAAGAAAUGUAAAUCACAACACCUCAAAGAUGUCAUGGGGCUCCCCUGAGUCAAGUUCAUCUGAAGAAGAGGAAAACCUUGAUGAUUAUGACUGGUUUGCAGGUAACAUCUCCAGGUCACAAUCGGAGCAGUUACUGAGACAAAAGGGGAAAGAAGGAGCAUUUAUGGUUAGAAACUCCAGCCAGGCGGGAAUGUACACAGUGUCCUUGUUUAGUAAGGCUAUGAAUGAUAAAAAAGGAACUGUCAAACAUUACCAUGUGCAUACAAAUGCUGAAAACAAAUUGUACCUGGCAGAAAACUACUGUUUUGAUUCCAUUCCAAAGCUUAUUCACUAUCAUCAACACAAUUCAGCAGGCAUGAUCACACGACUCCGCCACCCUGUGUCGACCAAGGCCAAUAAGGUUCCCAUCUCUGUGUCCUUGGGAAGUGGAGUCUGGGAACUGAAACGUGAAGAGAUUACCCUGUUGAAGGAGCUGGGAAGUGGCCAAUUUGGAGUGGUCCAUCUGGGCAAGUGGAAGGGGCAGUAUGAUGUUGCUGUUAAGAUGAUCAAGGAGGGCUCCAUGUCAGAAGAUGAAUUCUUCCAGGAGGCCCAGACCAUGAUGAAACUCAACCAUCCCAAGCUGGUGAAAUUCUACGGAGUGUGUUCAAAGAGAUACCCUAUAUACAUAGUGACUGAAUAUAUAACCAAUGGCUGCUUACUGAGUUACCUGAAGAGUCAUGGAAAAAGACUUGAACCCUCCCAGCUCUUAGAAAUGUGCUAUGAUGUUUGUGAAGGCAUGGCCUUCUUGGAGAGCCACCAAUUCAUACAUCGGGACUUGGCUGCUCGGAACUGCUUGGUAGACAGUGAUCUCUCUGUGAAGGUUUCUGACUUUGGGAUGACGAGGUAUGUUCUUGAUGACCAGUAUGUCAGUUCCGUGGGAACAAAGUUUCCAGUCAAGUGGUCAGCCCCAGAGGUGUUUCACUACUUCAAAUACAGCAGCAAGUCAGACGUAUGGGCGUUCGGGAUCCUGAUGUGGGAAGUGUUCAGCCUGGGGAAGCAGCCCUACGACUUGUACGACAACUCGCAGGUGGUCGUGAAGGUCUCCCAGGGCCACCGGCUCUACCGGCCCCAGCUGGCGUCGGACACCGUCUACCACAUCAUGUACAGCUGCUGGCACGAGCUUCCAGAAAAGCGUCCCACAUUUCAGCAGCUCCUAUCGUCCAUUGAACCACUUCGGGAAAAAGACAAGCCUUGAAGAAGAAAUGAGAAGAUCUGAUGAGAAUGAGUAUAAAUGUUGGCCAACAUUUUCAUUCUUUUUAAGGAAAGCAGCAUAGCACAGAUGUUGUAAUUUAGCUAGUUUUUCUUAAUGGUAUUCUGUGUGCUGUUUUGUCUGUUCUAUUAUCUAGAAAACAACAAGGUAGGAAACAAAAGAUUUCCUUGAUAUUUAGGUCAAGUUAGUAAUUUUGUUUAUGCUUCUCUUAAUAUUACACCUCCCAGCCUAUAGCAGAAGCACAUUUUCUGAUUGCAAAAUAGAGAGGAUGUAUAUUAUGUGUUAAGAUUGAGCAGAAAUGAAAAAUUACUUUUUGGAUAUUUGUUGUUUUCUUAAUAUCACCACUAUCAUGAUAAUUAAAUAUGCUAUUAACAAGUAUAGAAAUGAUGACACCUGCCUUCAUGUCUCAAUGGUUUCAGUCUUUAGCAUGUAUGAGAAUCAAAUGGAGAGUUUAUGAAAACACAGGUUCGUUAGGAACUACCCCAGAGAUUCUGGUACAGCAGGUCUGAAUGCAACCUGAAAAUUGGUAUUUUUAAUAACCUCCUAGAUAUUUCUGUGCAGUCAGUCCAAACUGCCCUAGGGGACCUCAUUAUGUGGUGGGCACCAUUAGGUGUUCCAUAUUCAAAUCAAAUGAUACAGUUCUCAUCUGAUAUCCAAAUCAGAACAAUGGAUUUAUGUCAUCAUGUACACAAAUAUACAACUGAAGUUAAACAGCAUUAUUCAAUAAUAUGUUAACUAUGUGUCACAGAGACAACUUUUAAAGAUGCUAAGGUAAAACUUGAUGCCUUUUUCCUUAUGCUCAAACUAUUAUCAAUUUCAACUCAACUAUAACCAUGGUCUUGUAUCAGAUUGUUGCUUUCUAUAGUACUCUGCCCUUAUUUGCAGGGGAUACAUUCCAAGACCCCCAAUGGAUACCUGAAACCAAGGAUAAUACCUAACCCCAUAUAUAAUAUGUUUUUCCUAUACAUACAUACCUAUGAUCAAGUUUAAUUUAUAAGUUAGGCAUAGUAAGAGGUUAACAGCAAUAACUAAUAAUAAAAUUGAAAAAUUAUACUGUAAUAAAAGUUAUGCGAAUGUGGUCUCUCUUUCUGUCAAAAUAUCUAACUACAAAUUUAAUGCCUUUUCCAUCUUAACUAAGCACUUAAUGCACUGCGGCUGUAACUUUUGCAGUUUGAUGUGAGACAGCAAAACUAGUAUGAAUU